UUUCCUUCAGCCCUAAUCUGAAUUCUGAAAGCUCCUCCUUCCCGCCCCACCACAGAGAACCGACCGAGGUUCGUAACCUCCAAACUCCCGCCUAAUCUCGCAACUGGCUAUCGCCGGUAACCAUCCGUACAUUCCCCGGUUGUGGAAGCUAGGGUUUUCAUCGACUUGCACGCUGACCAACAACAACAAUGAGUGCUGUGAAUAUCACCAACGUAACCGUCCUCGACAAUCCGGCGUCGUUUCUCACCCCCUUUCAGUUCGAGAUCUCCUACGAGUGCUUGACUUCUCUCAAAGACGAUUUGGAAUGGAAACUCAUCUAUGUGGGGUCUGCUGAGGAUGAGACUUAUGACCAACUGUUGGAGAGUGUACUUGUUGGGCCUGUCAAUGUGGGAAACUAUCGUUUUGUCUUACAGGCAGACCCGCCAGACCCAUCAAAAAUUCGUGACGAAGAUAUUAUUGGUGUGACAGUGCUUCUUUUGACAUGCUCUUAUCUGGGUCAAGAAUUUGUCCGCGUGGGCUACUAUGUGAACAACGAUUAUGAUGAUGAGCAGCUGAGAGAGGAACCUCCAUCGAAGGUCUUGAUUGAUAAGGUUCAAAGGAACAUUUUAUCUGAUAAACCCAGGGUCACAAAGUUCCCCAUCAAUUUCCACCCAGAGGACAGUGAAAGUAGAGAACAACCCCCUCCACCUGAUCACCCAUCGGAGACUGAUGGAAAUGGGGAAGAAUUGCCUGUUUCACCUGAUUAUCAUCCUUCAGACGAGCAGGGACCUUAAAUCACUUAAUCACAGGAACUACUUGGAAUCCCUGACCCUCCAAUUUUCUCAUUCAAGGUAUAUAUCAUGGUGUUAUAAUUUGGGAGGCCAAAAUUUUGGGCGAAUUUUAACUUUACGAAAAUGUUGCGUAAAUGUUUUGUGGAAGUGGGGAUUGAAUUUAUGAACCUCAAAAAUGUGAAGUAAAUGUUUGUGGAAGUGUUGGUUGAAUUUCUGGGGCCCACCUUAGUUUUUUUGGGUUGUUAAAAAUCCUAUUUCGUCAAGUUGAUUACUGUGAUGCAAGUUGUAUUUGACGAAAAAAGUAUAUCCUGUUUCAUUAGUUUUUGUCAAUUUAGGCCUUAUUGGUUCUUGGCGUUCA